AUGUUUCGGCAAGCAAGUAGCUGUCUUCGCCUGAGGGCGGCGACAGCUCCCCUCCGGAUAAGCCAGAAUGCCCGCCUCCUGUCGACAACACCACGCCUCGCCGCCGAUGAACAGCUCAACAAAGUCUCCGCGACCAUCACCCAGCCCAAGUCCCAAGGCGCCUCGCAAGCUAUGCUCUACGCCACGGGUCUGACGGACGCGGAUCUCAAGAAGGCGCAGAUCGGCAUCUCGUCGGUGUGGUACGAAGGAAACCCCUGCAACAUGCACCUGCUGGGUCUCUCCGACAUCGUCAAGCAGUCGGUGGCCGACGCCGGGCUGGUCCCUUAUCGGUUCAACACGAUCGGUGUGUCAGACGGCAUUAGCAUGGGUACCGUGGGCAUGAGGUACUCGCUGCAGAGCCGAGAGAUUAUCGCCGAUAGUAUCGAGACGGUCAUGAAUGGGCAGUGGUAUGAUGGGAAUAUUUCGCUUCCUGGAUGUGACAAGAACAUGCCUGGUGUGGCUAUUGCCAUGGCGAGGGUUAACCGCCCGUCGAUCAUGGUGUAUGGUGGUACUAUUAAGCCGGGCUGCACUGUCAAGGGAGAGCCGAUUGAUAUCGUUUCGGCCUUCCAGGCGUAUGGACAGUAUAUUUCCGGCCAGAUUACCGAGGAGGAGCGGUAUGAUAUCAUCAGGCACGCUUGUCCCGGCGGCGGUGCCUGCGGUGGCAUGUACACGGCGAACACCAUGGCCACCGCCAUCGAGACCCUCGGUCUCACCGUUCCCGGCAGCAGUAGCACGCCCGCCGAGGAUGCCGGCAAGCUUGCCGAGUGCGCCAACAUCGGCAACGUCAUGAGGAACCUCCUCAAGGAGGAUAUCCGACCCAAGGAUAUCCUCACAAGGCAGGCCUUCGAGAACGCCAUGGUCGUCGUCACCAUCACGGGCGGCAGCACCAAUGCCGUUCUCCACCUGAUCGCCAUCGCCGACGCCGCGGGCAUCAAGCUCACCAUCGACGACUUCCAGGCCGUUUCGGACAGGACGCCCGUACUCUCCGACCUUAAGCCCUCGGGUAAGUGGGUCAUGGAAGAUCUCCACAAGAUCGGCGGCACGCCCGCCCUCCUCAAGUUCCUCCUCCGCGAGGGCCUCAUCGACGGCUCCGGCAUGACCGUCACCGGCAAGACGAUGAAGGAGAACGUCGAGAGCUACCCCGACUUCACUGAGGGCCAAACCAUCGUGCAGACCUUUAACAACCCCAUCAAGGCCACCGGCCAUCUCCAGAUCCUCCGCGGCACGCUAGCGCCCGGCGGCUCGGUCGGCAAGAUCACCGGCAAGGAAGGCCUCCGCUUCGUCGGCAAGGCCAAGUGCUACGACGCGGAGGACGACUUCAUCUCGGCUCUCGAGCGCGGCGAGAUCAAGAAGGGCGAAAAGACCGUCGUCAUCAUCCGCUACGAGGGUCCCAAGGGCGGUCCCGGCAUGCCCGAGAUGCUGAAGCCCAGCUCGGCCAUCAUGGGCGCCGGUCUCGGCAAAGAUGUGGCCCUCAUCACCGACGGACGCUUCUCUGGCGGUAGCCACGGUUUCCUGAUUGGUCACGUCGUUCCCGAGGCCAUGGAGGGCGGACCCAUUGCGCUUGUGAGGGAUGGCGACGAGGUGACUAUUGACGCGGAGAAGAACGUGAUGGAUUUGGAUGUUAGUGCCGAGGAGCUUGAGAGGAGGCGGAAGGAGUGGAAGGCGCCGGAGGCGAGGUAUACGAGGGGGACUUUGAAGAAGUAUGCGCAGCUUGUGAGUGAUGCAUCGCAUGGGUGUAUUACGGAUGGGAACUAUUAG